AGAAUCAAAAGUCAGAUUGGGAAGACUCACCAAGUGACUGAACACGGACACAGAGAGAGAGAGAUGGGAUUGCUUAGCCAUAGAGUUGAAAGAAGCGCGAUUGUAGCAGGGGACCAUAUCUACUCUUGGAGGGCUGUCUUUGCUUACUCUCAUCACGGCAUCUAUGUUGGUGGAAGCAAAGUUGUUCAUUUUACGCGUGAACAAAAUAUGGGUUCAAGUGAUGAUUCCUUCACGAGUAUCUCUGCUCCAAGUUCAACAGUUCCAUCAGCCUGUUCAACCUUCCCUGAUUGCGGAUUUCGACAACCCCGGAGGGCGGUAGUCAUCUCUUGCUUGGAUUGCUUCCUCGAUGGAGGAUCCUUGUAUCGUUUUGAAUAUGGAGUCACGCCAUCAGCUUUCCUCACCAAACUCCGAGGUGGCACCUGCACAACUGCAGAAUCAGACCCACCAGAAGCAGUAAUCCACAGAGCCAUGUAUCUGCUUCGCUAUGGAUUUGGAAACUAUGAUGUGUUUAAGAAUAACUGUGAGGAUUUUGCUAUGUACUGCAAAACAGGUCUUUUGAUUCUUGAUACAACAGCUCUGGGAAGGAGUGGUCAAGCAGCGAGUGCCAUUAGUGCUCCGUUGGUAGCCCUUCUUUCGUCUUCCCUCAAUCUGUUUGGGUCGAGUCCAGUUGGUAUGGUUACAGCAACUGCAGGGAUGUAUUGUGUGAGUAGGUAUGCCGCUGACAUUGGCGUUCGAACUGAUGUUAUUAAGUUGCCAGUGGAGGACAUGGCUUUGUUCAAUGGUUGGGAAGGACCAAAUGAGUUUGCUGAUGAAGACAAUGAUAGCUUUGAGAGACCGAAUGAACUUGUUAGAAAUGACAAUCCACCUGCUAAGAGACAAAGACGUUGAUGUGAAUCAUAAAGUAUCUCUUGCUUGUCACUGAUACACAUGUUUUCUUUUUGUGUAUGGAUAAACACAUCAUUCAAUGACCCAAGAUGUUGAUGUGAAUCAUUGAGUAUCUCUUGCUUGUCACUGAUACACAUGUUUUCUUUGUGUAUGGAUAAACACAUCAUUCAAUGACCCCUAAAAGAACUUCCUCUUAUUGAAUUCUGUAAUGUCUUAAUUGUUUGUUUAUAGAUUAGUUUAUGUUAAAAAGUU